AUGAUCAGAUGGACUGCUGGAGGGAGUAAGGCUGCCUCUGCCUCGUCCUGCUCCAGGGCUGGGUUAGGGGCUCGUUCAGGCUCUGGGGCCACCUUCAGACUACGGUCAUCAGCAUUGCUUAUCACCCCGGCUUUUCCUGUACUAGUCACCCUGUUGGUUUUUUUAUUAUCCCUGCAUGAGGCUGCCUGCCAUCAGUUCCACCGUGACACAGAUAGGGUCUCCAGCCCACGGACUCUCAGAGCUCCAGUGAACAUUUCUGAAGCUGAGCUGAUCUCUAGAGCCAGAGCCAAUGGGGGCCCUGUGGGUCGGACUGGGGGAGCACAGGGGAGGCAUGUGCGCAGUUACAAUCAUCUACUAGGGGACAUACGAAGGAGAAAGCUGUUCUCUUUCCAGAGGUUUUUCCUGAGGAUCGAUAAGAAUGGAAAAGUCAAUGGAACCAAAAUCAAGGACGACCCCUUCAGUAUUCUGGAAAUCACAUCAGUGGACGUGGGAGUGGUGGCCAUCAAAGGGCUAAGCAGCAACUUCUAUCUGGCUAUCAGCAAGAAAGGAGAGCUGUACGGAGCGAGAGAGUUUGGUGUCGACUGCACCCUGAAGGAGCGGAUUGAGGAGAACGGCUACAACACGUACGCAUCAGCCAAGUGGAAGCAUGGGAAGCGACAGAUGUUUGUGGGUCUGAACGGCCAGGGGAAGCCGAUGAGAGGAAAGAAAACCCGAAGGAAGAACACAGCCACACAUUUUCUUCCAACUGUUGUGUGAACCUGUGCACUCGGCUGGAGAGGGACAAUAUGAAACUCUGAAAAUGUGAGGUUUAUAACUCUGAAAAGUGAGAAAUCUCUCAUUUGAUUUUAAAAGAAAAAGGCCUAACACUGUCAUGCAUACAAGUGGUCUCUUCUUUUCUGGGAGAUGGUGUUACCUGUGUUUUCACUGGCACAGAUGCAAUGCUUAUUCUUUUUUUUCCUUUUUUUUUUUGUCUGUGCCAAACAGUUUGCAGCUGGACUAAGUGUGUGAUGUGGACACAACCGAAGCUACUGUUUCACUAAAUAAACUGUAGUAGAUGCAGA